CUGAGUCUACUUCAUUGGCAACAUCUUUAAUUUGUUUACAUAUACUGACGCCGGUACGCAUUGUUUCAUUACAAAGUGGUUGACGUUGCAUUCAAACGGCGAAUAAAAUCGGGUUGCAAAACAAGUCAGCUCCCAAGAUUGUCUGUUAUGAGGUGGACGUGCAUGAUGUUGGCUUCUGGCUUCUUCCAUGGGAGACGUCUAGGAUCAUUUUUGAGUUUGCCACAUAAGUUACAACAAAUAGCUGCAUAUAAUUCCUACUGGCCAGUUUUGCGAUUUUGCAGCAUACCAGUGAUACAAAACCACUCCUUGCCUCUGUGUUGCAUAAAUUUUGUGCCGUUCAGAGGCUAUGCUAAAGGAAAAGACAAGAAGAAAGAGAAGAAAGGAAAGAAAAAGAUUGAAAUUAAUGAGACCAUGUUGGGAGAAAUUGUAGAUGUUGAAAGUAUGAAAGCUCAGAUGAAGAAAGCAGUAGAUACUCUGAAGGAUGAGUAUAUUAAGAAUCUCUCUCUUCGUUCAACAACAGGUUCAAUUGAGUCACUCAAAGUACGAUUCGAAGGAAAGGAUUUCACAUUGCAGGAACUUGCACAAGUUAUCAGGAAGAACCCAAAAACUGUAAUUAUUGAUGUUUCAACAUUUCCUCAGGCCAUUCCGUCAGUGCUUCAGUCAAUACAGAAAUCGGGGAUGAAUCUCAAUCCACAGCAAGAUGGAACAACACUGUAUAUUCCUGUUCCAGUGGUAACAAAGGAAUACAGAGAAACUCUUGCAAAAAAUGCAAAAGUUCUUUUUAUCAGAUGCCGUGAUAAUGUGAAAGAUGUGCAAAAUCGAUAUAUUAAAAAGGUGAAAACUCUUGCAGAUAUUUCAGAGGAUACAUCUCACAGUGUUCAAGAACAGAUUGCUGCUUUCGCAGACCAAUAUUUGGCAGAAGCAACAAAGAUUUUCGAAGCCAAAGAAUCUGAGCUCUUACGAUAAGGAAGAACUAAGAUGUCUAGUGUGAAUGUUUUAGUUGCAUAAAUGUCUUUGAAUGAUAUUAAAAAUGUGACUAGAGACACUGAUAAAUGUGUAAUUAGUACACACUUGGGUUUUUGUUGUAAAAUAAACUUAAAAGAAAUAUUUGGGUAUUAAUUAAUUGCUCCUAAGGUAUCAUAUAACAAAGUAAGUAAUUAACUAAAUGCUUAUUUUUUAGAACAAAACAUACUUUGAAAUUUUAUUUAGCACUGUGGCAUUCUGUCUUAUCCUAUCCAUGUGCGUUGUUAGAGGCAUCUAUUUGAUGUCUUGAAUGAGGAAAAAUAUCUAUAGAUUAAGGCUUGACUAUAUCUUAGCUAUUGUGCUGUAUGUAGAGACAUUGUUAUGGUGUCUUGUUAUAAGAUACCAUUAUUUGACUAAUGUCUGUCGUGAUUCUUCACUUUUGUAAUGUGCAGCUGCACUGCAUUCAAAAAUAAUUGUCAAAUAAUAACAACAUGAGGGCAUCAGCAAAUAGUUCACAGUUUUAACUCCAUGAGCGCCAUCUGUGAAAUAUUUAUGCCUGUUAUAUAUAAAGAUAUGUGUUUUUUGUACAUUUUCUCAUGUGAAGAGCAUCUUUGAACAAAUUGUAGAAUGCUUUUAUACGUUUCUUCCAAAUUUUAGCACGGUUUCAUGAUCUUGUAAUUAUUUUACUUACAUGAUAAACAACAUGUUUAGCAAAACUCAAGUGUGUUGUCCACUGGUAUAAUAUGUAUGUAGCUAUGAUGUCAUCUGCAGUGUAUUUUAUUGUGAAAUGAAUAAUGUUCCCUGAAAAGUCAGUUUUAUUCCUCAACAAAUUUAUAGUGUAUGGUAAAAGUCCUCAAAAUUCAUGUAUGAUGACCACCAAAAUAGAAAGAACUUUCUGUUGGUAAAACCAUGUAGAUCAACACUUAAUAUACAUGUUGGGCAGGAAGAGAGCAUCAAAGAAAGGAAUUUGAGUUUAGGAACUGGGUGUUGAAAUCACAUAUUUACACACUACAUGUAUCAACAAUAUCUCCUGCUGUGUGACAGUCUUCAAGCCUGAAAUGUGUGUAUGUGUUUGCCAGAUACAAACAUACUGCACACUCUCGCUGUUGCUAGGUGGAACUGAUGUGCAAUGUGGAACAUUGGUUUCAAGUGCACUUUUAUUGUAUUCAAUAGGUUCAAUGGUCUGACUAGUGCAGGUCUCAAUGAGUGAGUGAGUGUUGUGAAGCAUUAACAUGGAAUAUGGUUUCAUUAGAAAUGGGCUAGGUGACAUGCGUGUGGUCUGCGACACUGUUAAUGGCAAUGCGAGGGCAGCUCUUAGGAUUUAUCGGGAACGUUAUCCACACCGCAGGCUGUUUCAGAAAACUACUUUUGUGUCAAGUUACAGAUAAAUGGGAGAGACAAGAUGAUAGUGGGAGUAGCAUGAUAGCCAAAUCUCUCUGAAUGUGUGUUGGCUAUGGAUGAGGCUUUCUUUACCCAUGAAAGCAUUUUCAUAUUGCACAACGGCAACAUUUGGGCACUUCAGAACCCUCAUGCGAUGUAUGUCCAUGGUCAUCAAGAGCAUUUCUGUAAACGUGGAGACAGGAAUUGUGAAUGAUUCGCUCACUGGCCUCUAAAUGUUAUGUCAGAGCCUUAAUGCUCUCAGUUACCUUGUAUUUUUGCAACAAGUAGUAGCUGCUCUCCUCCCAGACGUGACACCAUUGUAUUUUUUCUUGUAGGGUACCAUGAAAUAACAGCAUGCAGGCAACACUGGUUGAGUAAGAACUUGGAGGCUUGCAUUGUGGCAACAGCAGAAGUGAUCCAGACUACUGCUGGUGUAUUUCAGGGAACACACCAACACCAAUCCCUGCAUUGCCACUAUAAUCCAUGCCCACUCGAAAACGGUGCUCAUUUUGAACAUUUGCUAUAAAGUACUUACAUUAAUUAAGUGGUGGUAAGUCUGUGUCUAAAAGAAUACUAAUUUUUCACUUACUUUGAUCUUUUUAGGACAUUUAGUAAUGUGAAACAUGAACGUGUGACUUUUUUCCAUUUCUAAAGAAGUUCUGUGUAGUAUGUCAAUGAAGUUUGAUGUACUUCUAUGUGAUGCUUGGAAGUUUUUUUUUUUUUUUUUUUUUUUUUCUCAUCAGGAUAAUUCGUUAGUCCUAACAUUUUGUUUACGUAUACAUUUUCUGUGAAUUACUUUUCAUUUUGACUAAAGAUAUGCUUAUGUCAGAUUUCAGUUAUGUUCAUGUAGUGCCAAAAAUAUGCAACUGCAGCCCAUCAUUUCUACACUCAAAUUGCUUCGUUUGAUGCCGUCUGUCUGCCCUACACUUUUAGUCAAAAGUGUUUUGGGGUAGCUUAUAUUUCUUAUGAUGUUACUACCUACUGGCAUAUUCAGAUCAAAACUUAGAACAUGUAAGACAGUAUCAUUGUCAGUUUCAAUAAAACCUAUGCCUACAGGGGAUGUAGCAGCUUAGGCAUAUGUUUUCUUAAAACUUACCCUGAAGGUUGCUUUACAUGUUCUAAGUUUUGAUCUGAUGCUGGGAGCAGCCGAAACAUUGUAAUAAAUGAAGAAAUAUAUUAAGCCAUGUAGAUGACUUUAUUCACAAAUGAUCACAAACUCACUCAGAAAGUUUAUUGUAUUUAAUAAUAAGUAAGGGUAACAUUGAUGUGAUUCUUCAGUUUCUCUCAGCAUAUUCAUACUGAAAUAGUUCAUAGGUGAAUGAUCAGAUGUUGGUGUCCAGCAGCAGAAUUUUUUGGCAAACAACCGCGUUGCCGUUAUCAACACACCUGACGAUGGCAAGGUGGUCAUUAACCGAAAUAUUCUGCUUGAUGGACACCGACAUCCAGUCGUUCACCUAUUGAGUAUUUUGACAAGGGUAACAUACCUAUCAAAAUACCUAUCCUGUCACAGCUAAUUAGCUACUUAGUUUCAUAUUCUCAAACUAUUUUCACACGCAAUCUAGUUGUCUGUUUGUUUUCUUUAAUACAGAGUGAUUAUAAUUAAAUUUUUGCUACCUGAGCCGGUGUAGAUGGAAAACUAUUUACCCUAUGGGUACCCACGUUUAUAGGAAUGAUGAUCAGACUGUGGACUGCAGGAUUUGUGUAGUUAGUAGUGUUAGUGUAUGACUUACCAUUAGACACCAGUACUGGUAUGACAACAUUGGAUUGAAACACAAGCAUCAGUGUGCAUUACAAUUGCAGUCAGUCAACACGAGUCUGGACAACGUGAGCAGGGCUUUACUUCUAAAGCUGUUUUAUCAAACCAAAAGCAAUAGUGCUGCUACUCUUCACGAAUUCAACAUGUUAAAGGAAUAUGGAGAGGUACUCUUUCCACACCGGGUUUGGAGAACAUGGUUCAGAAGUUUUAAUUAACUGGUGAUUCUUGAAUUGCUCCGGGGAGAGGCUGAUGAGCAAUUGUGCCACAAAUUGUUGAAGAUGUUACUGUAACUAUGGCUUAGAAUGCUGGACACAAUGUGUGAUCUUCAAGCAGUGCACAAGCUAUGUCAUGACAGCUGAACAUUACAUGGUCCACUGUUUGAAAAGUGCUGCAAAAAGUUGUGGAAUGUUAUCUCUAGUGAGAUUACAGGCUGUUGCGUAUGCAGAUGGUUGUCACACUGAGCAAUGUUUGUAACCUGGGACAUAAACAUGAUAUGCAAUGAACAAAUGUUACCCUCUAACAUGGAAAUUAAAAUGUUUUUUUUUUUUU